AUGUUAUUGAACACUAUCUUGAAGAGUGGACUCACACUCGUAUUGUGCUUCUUGAGCUUCGGCGCCGAAGCUGCAUCCACCGCUCCCGGGACAUCUCCGUCUGCACCGAAAUCCAAAUGUGCAGACCCCAAGCUAACUGCUAGAUAUGUGACCUUCUGGGAUGCCGGUCGCACCACGCACGUAGUCGACCAACGCUGGCAAUUCGUCAACAACGUUGUACCGGCCAAUGCUGGGGAAUGGACUUUCCAAGGGGACAAUUUUUGCGCCUGGCCAUCGGCGGAGGACUCCACAGUCCCAGUGUAUUUAUUUAUCAACCCUUCUACAUUGGACUAUCAGUAUGUUCUCUCCACGGACGGCUCUGUCCCCGCGCCAAGUGGACUUGCGAACAAUGGUAUUAGGGCAUACAUGUACGCAAAGGAGAAAAAGGACUGUGGAACUGUCCCACUGUACGAACUUUCAAAUCCUAACGUCGGUGAUCACUGGUACACUAUUUUUGAGCGGGAGAGGGAUUCCCUCCUUGCUUUGGGAUCUGGGUGGGUUGAUGAAGGCAUCUUUGCUCAUGUGCUUCCUUUGAAGCGUAGACUGCAACUCCAGGCCCCGGGAAGCUCCCCUACAGGCGUAUCCCCGCCGGACCCAAAAUAUUUGUCUGAAAUCCGCGAGAUUUUGGGUCUCCAAUCCGCGAAACCGGACGGUCAUUUUGCCAAGACCUUCCUAUUUAGGUAA